AAAGUUUAUGAUUGAGAGCCUUCUUCAGGCUGCAAAGUUCACACUUUGUGAACUUUAUAACUGAGCACCGAUUCCAACUGCGCAUGUUCAUUAGCAGGAGCAGCUUGCGCAUGCUUUGCUCUUUAGUAGGUUGCGGGCAAUAUAUUGUGGCCGGGUAGUUGUAUCAGCAACGCGAACAUUAGUGAGGCCGGGGCUGUGAUUAAUAAUACAAGUGGAGCUGCACGGUUUUGCAAAGAAUACCAAAUGAAGGCGGCUAUUUCCUCCAAAUCCUGCCUCUAUCUAUUGAUUUGAAUUUGCCUCCUCCAGGCUGACCGAUCCUGGGAAAGAACCAGAUAGAACAUCUCCGGUUGGGUUGGUUCAUUGCUGGGCGACUGUCGGUAGCGAAAUCUCGUUUCUUUGACAUCAAUGACGGCGGUUGCAGAAUCCAGCACCCGUAGCCUCUUGUGUCCCUGCACUUCCUUCUGCAUCGCCCGGCUCUCGGUUUCCUUGCCCGGGAUUUAUUUGCAGCAAACUUGAGUGCGGUGAGGACGGCUGGCCGUGCUGUGACGUGGCGCAGCACUGCACUGCCAUGGAUGCCGGGGAGGAGAUCGACAUGGAAGUUAUGAAUCCUCUUAUAGAAAAGACUCAUAGUUCUGAAGAAAUGUCAGAUGAAGAGCAGGAUUCUGAACUAGCAGGUUUACACUUGAGGAGGCAAACUGGGGAUGAACAGGGCAUCUCGUUCACACAAACAUUAAUUCAUUUGUUAAAGGGAAAUAUUGGAACUGGUCUGCUUGGUUUACCACUUGCAAUCAAAAAUGCAGGGCUGAUGCUGGGACCAAUCAGUCUGGUUAUUAUGGGAGUAGUGGCUAUUCAUUGUAUGCAUAUUGUAGUACGCUGUAGCCAUCACUUCUGUCAAAGAUUUAAAAAGCACGGCCUGAGUUAUGGUGAUACAGUUACAUUCGCAAUGGAGCAUGGACCAUUCCCCUGUCUUCGAAGCAAAGCUCCAUUUGGAAGGGUAACUGUGGAGUUUUUCCUCAUCAUUACACAACUUGGAUUUUGCUCGGUUUAUUUUGUUUUCCUUGCUGUCAACAUGAAACACCUGGUGGAAGGUUUCAUGAGGAAUCAUACAAGUUACAGUGACCUAAAUAUGACCAGAAACAUGCAGGACCAUAAUGAAGACUGGAACAUUGAUGCAAGGAUUUACAUGCUCAGCUUGCUUCCUUUUUUGAUCUGCUUUGUGUUUAUUCGUGAUCUAAAGUACCUUGCAGUAUUUUCUUUCAUGGCGAAUCUUUCAAUGGCUGUCAGUCUAGUUAUCAUCUACCAGUAUAUUAUUAGGGACAUACCUCAUCCAAAGGAGCUUCCACUGAUCGCCAGCUGGAAGAAAUAUCCACUUUUUUUUGGAUCUGCAAUAUUUGCUUUUGAAGGAAUUGGGUUGGUUCUUCCAUUAGAAAAUAAAAUGAAACAAAGAAAACAGUUUCCACAAGCAUUAAACAUUGGUAUGGGCAUCGUCACGGCUUUGUAUGUUUCACUGGGAACCCUGGGGUAUCUGCACUUUGGUGAUAGUGUUCAGGGCAGUAUUACAUUAAACCUGCCACAAAACAUAUGGCUAUACCAGCUGGUGAAACUCCUUUACUCAUUUGGGAUCGUGGUGACUUACACAAUCCAGUAUUACGUGCCAGCGGAGAUCAUUCUUCCAGCUGUUUCCGCAAGGGUACAUCAGAGAUGGAAGCUACUUUGUGACCUUGCAGUCCGAACACUUCUUGUUUGUCUAACUUGUGCCACAGCUAUUUUAAUUCCACGCCUUGAUUUAGUGAUUUCAUUCGUAGGAGCCGUCAGCAGCAGCGCUCUGGCUCUCAUCUUCCCUCCCAUUCUGGAGAUCAUCACCUUUUCUGGAGAAGGUGUCUCCAUCUGGUUGCUUCUGAAGGACAUCCUCAUAGCACUGAUAGGAAUCAUUGGCUUUUUGACUGGAACAUAUGUGACUAUAGUGGAAAUCAUCUCUCCAGAAAUGGCUUCAGUGACUGCACUCGUUACCAGUCCUUCCUUCAAUGUCAGCUCUACAGUACUGGACACUUGGGCCAAUGCUUCAAGGACAUGAAGAAAAUAUACUACAGAGUGACUCGUCAGAGGAGUUCUGGAAAUUAUCAACUACCUUUAAACAAUGUGGGAAUGGAAAUAUUGCAUUGGGUAUUUAUGCUCUUCACUACUACUCCAAUGGUUUUACGCACUAACAGAUAUGACACGUUGGUUGAUGAGAAUGCUGUCUUGGCUGCAUCCAUCAUAAGUUGUUCCUGAUUAUUUGGAAAGUGUUCACUCCAACAGUCUCUAUUUUUGUCAUCUAUUGUCUACACGGCUGCUCUUUGGGUCUUGGAUAAAUGGAUAUUACAGUCCAGUAUUUCCCUUUAAUUGGGAGAUGUCAAACCUCCACUCUGAAUCUCUUUUAGAAAGACUAUACCGAGACAAGACACAAAAAGCUGGAGUAACUCAGCGGGACAGGCAACAUCUCUGGAGAG